UGGAAGGCUCACUAAAUUACAAAUGUGCGUUUUAUCAAGCAUGACAGCAGGGAAGGUGGGUAAAUCGGAGUAUCACUGCUUUUUCUUCAAAUCACCUGUGUCUCCUGUGAAGGUCAACCAUGUUACACAGCGCUGCAGAUGUGAUCGGAACCGCAGAGCAGGAGAUGACGACCACGGAUAUAAAGUCGGCCGGGGCGCAGCCGAGUGGCAUUCUCAGCUCAGCACCAACAUCGCGAGAUGCGGCGCCCGGUUCUUCUCUUCGCGGUAAUCGCUCUGGCCAACGCCAACAGCGUCAAUGAGCCCCCUCCGAAGCACUACGGGGCGCCGAAGUACCCCUACCGCCGCCCGCUGGGCGCUGACGGCGCGGUCGGCGCGGCCACGGACACCCUGCUCACUCCCAGCCUCACCAGCGUCAACGUGAACCCGCUGAUCGGCGCCGGCGGCCUGUCGCUGGACCCCUCCAGCACCGACAUCAGCGAGCAGGGCAGCUUCCUCGUCGAGGACAGCCUGGCGCCGGCCGACGGCGGCCUCCCGCUCGGACUGCGCAGCGACUCUCGCCUGAACGGCUUCGACCUCAGCACCGACGGCGGCCCCAUCACCCCUGACUCGGUGACCAUCGACGAGGGCGCGCUGCGUGAGCUGGCCGCCGGCGACCCCGGCCUGCUGGACGCGCCGCUGGCCAGCUCUCUGGCCGGCAAUGAUCUCGAGGACGGCUCCGAACUGGUGACGGAAGGUGGUCGGCGCCGACGGCGCUACCGCUGGUUCAUUUCGUUCCUGGAGCCGUCCACACGCGGCCGGCGGUACACGUGGCGCCAGGCGGCCUACCAGUGCGCCCGCCGCGGACUGGUGCUCGUCUCCAUCGAGAACUUCCGCAAAGACCGGGCCGUCAACAGCGUGCUCGACAGGCUCGACAGCGGCCGUCUGCUGCCGAUCGUGUGGACGUCGGGUACGCGGCGCGGACGGCGGUUCCAGUGGCGCACGGGGCAGACGAUCGGCACGCCGGGCAGCUACACCAACUGGGGCACCAGUGGCCCGCUCGGCCGCCGGCAGCCCGAUAACGCGUUCGGCAACGAGUUCUGCCUGGCGGCGCUCAAGUCGCCCACCCGGCGCCGCUCCGUCUGGCACGACGUGGCCUGCAACAACAUCGCAGAGUUCAUAUGCGAGCGGCCCUACCGCCGCAAUAGGGUCGCUGUUUUUGAUGGUUUAUUCGGCGACGACGACGACAGGAAAUGAUAUUCGGCGAGGAAUAUCUAUGUAGUGAACGCUGGGCCCAGAGAAACUUGGACCUGAUUCCAAGAGCAAAUAAAAAGAACACUAAAAUGCAAAUACGGCAAAAGUGCAUGAAACGUGCAUCACAUGGUUAAUAAAGAACAUGAAGGUGGUGACCUCAGGUGCAAUGUUGUGAAUCAUUCUUCUUAUUUCUUUAUUUUUACGCAAGCACAAUCAUCACCGCCUCCACCACAUAUUUAUCGCUAUUCAAGGCCAAAUCAGUUGUCUUUCAUUCGUACGCACGUAAAUUCAGCCUGACUCAUACCUAACUAUGAAUUAGUGAACCUCCUCCGCUUACAUACCUAUUUUGCUUAUUACUCUGAGCAGUGGGUAUUACUCACUACUGGGUAAUAUAUGUCACGUCGACCAGAAACAAACGGUAGGUCGGUUUAGCGCUACACACACCAAUUAACCCGCGCUCCGCUGGGGGGAGGCAGAAUCUGCCCCCUCCCGUUUUUCGCCAAUAAUUUAUAAACGUGUAACGCCAGCGACGUCAAACUUUCAGUACCUUAUGAUACAUCACUUUAACAAUUUC